UCUUUCGUUAGAGUUAUAAAUUAGAGGGUUAGCAAGAGAAAUUCACAAACCUAGUCCACAUUCUCAUACUAUGGAAGACGGUGGAAGCUUAGUUUCAGAAGAUGGAUCCAAAAUAGAAGAUACAACCUCAGAGAAAGUUGAGAAGGUGAAAGAAGAAGAAGAUAUUGGCAAAGAAGAGAGUGGUGGUGGCCUUAUCAACAACUUGGUUUCCACUUUGAUCACACCCUUGAGUCCAGGCAUUGGGAAAGCCACUGAAAAUGAAAGUGGUGCUGAUGCUGAUGAAGAUGAAGGAGAGAAUGAAGGAGGGAUCAUCAGCAAAAUGGUUUCUAAUUUCUUCCAUCAAAGUGAAGGUGAAGGUGUGGUGGAAGCUGAAGAGGACAAAGAACAAGAGGAGGAAAUCAUGGCUGGUGGUGAAAAAAUCAAACGGUUGAAGACAGAGAAUGGAGGCAUCAUUCAUAACAUCUUUUCUCAUUUACCUGCUUCAAUCCCAGAUGGUGCGGUUCCUACAGCUGAUGAGGCCACUUUUUUAAUUAACUCUCUUGUUCGUGACUAAGCAGAGCAAUUCUUCAACUCUUAGUGCACCAACAUGGAUUAUUUUGCACUGUGUCAAUGUAUUUAGUCAGUGUUCUUUUUUCUUAUUUUCCAAGAUUUUUUUGGCUGGUUUAUAGUAACGUAGUUCUUGUUUAUUCAGUAUGGAGUGUAACUCUAUAUAUACUCUUGCGCUAUGGUGCUUAAAAAUUGCAGUGCCUUGCGCCUCUCUUAGAAAUAACUGAAUACAACAUUGACUCUGAAAAACUAUGAGCCAUAAUGUUUAGAACAUGAUUUAAUGUUUUGUCUUUCUAA